AUGGAGUGCUUCGGGCAGGACUACUGCCUUCUGCUGUUCAUACCUCCUUUUGAGGGCCAGAAACAGACCUGGGCGACGACCGAGGCAGCGGUCGAGGGAUGCGACGGCGCGCCCGAAGAGGCGGUCGAAGCGCCGCUCCACGCGGCUGCUCGAGCCCGCGGCAGUCUCCUGUUGAGGCGUGCCAGCGGCGGCGGCGGCGCCCUCCAUGCCGACUCCAAGGCGGACGACACAAGAGGCGCCGGAUGGAGCGGAGAUGAAGGCGAGCGCUUCCUCUGCGUUCACCGUCGAGCGCAUCGGCACCGGGGCGUAGCCAGGCGGGUGGAGGCUCGGGCCAGCGGCCAGGGCAUCAGGCGUCGGCGUUGUCGGCGGGAUCCAUGCGGCCGGCGGAGGAGGUGGUGGAGGCGGAGACCCAGUGGGCAAGGCAGGCGCGGCAGCGACCCCGUGCAUCAUGGGGGCGCUCGGGCCGGCCACCAGCCAAGGGUCGUACCCCAUGGGCGCCUGGCCACAGGCGCGGGGAGCACCGCAGUGGGCGCGUCCAGGAGCACGGGGACCAUGUCCAGGGGCGUGGUGAGCACCGCGACGGGCGCGUCUAGCGGCGCGGUGGCUGCCAGGGGCGACAUGUCCAGCGGCGCUGCGGCCGAACCGUCAGAUGGCUUGCAUCCGGCGACGGAAACGGCGGAGGCCACCAACUCCAUGGCGAUGAAGGGCAAUGAAGCGGUAGCGGCGACCAUCCUCGCAGAUCAGACGGAGGAAGAAGGAGACGAGGCCUGUCAUCUCACCGACGGCGAGUGCUCCCUCUCUUCUCCUUCCUCUGUUGUUUCUUCUCGCUCUUGCUGGUUGUCCACAUGCAUGAUAACGUGUUUUGAAUCAGAAUGAUCGAAUCCACUGAUCGAUGGUUACAUGCCCCCUUUUAUACGUCCCGAAGA